UUAUAACUCGCUUUACAUGAAGCUGAAUUUAAGGACUAUUUGCAAACUUUAGUUAGGACAAAGCCUUGCACUUAUUGAACAGUAUCAUUAUUAGUAUAUUAUUACACUGAUGGUCUGAAAGCUACUGGCUACAGUGGUUACUAAACUUUACCACUCCUUUGAUAACUCUUCAUAAUAUUUUUGCUUUCCUUCUCUUUCUGGAGAGGAGGAGGAAGAGAGAAACCUCUUCCAAGCCUUCUGCAAAGACAGCACCUUUUUACACUGUUCCUUCUGUUUUUUCCAAUGUGGGUCUAGUUUUUUCACAGGCCAAUCCAUCCUACAGAUUUUUGCUUCUGAUCUUGCUUCUGCUGGAUUAUCAAUUCCCCAUCCUCCUCCUCUGAGGAUCCUCUAACUCAGGGGUGUCAAACUUGUGUUGUCAUAGUGUCGUCAUGUGAUGUAUCGUGACUUUUCCCCCCUUCGCUAAACCGGGUAUGGGAGUAGACGGCACGUGAUGCAUCCAGGCCACAUGUUUGACACUCAUACUCUAACUGUUCAAUUGCCCUUGAUAAAUGCUUAAUACCUCCAAUCAAGAAAGAAGCACACAACACAAACAGACAUGUUUUAUCUGACAAAACUGUCCUUUUAAAAGUUUGUAUUAGAAGGCAGAUGUGCCUACUUACAAUUGCCUUAAAUUAAGCCAAGAAGCUUUGUUGCCUCUGUUGCACUUUUCAUGCAACUGGUAACUAGACAAAAGCAUAACCUCGAGAAGGUUAUAACUUAGUUACAUCUUAGUCAUGGCACUUCAGUCUACCAUAGUCUUGAACAAUUUACUAAUUUCAAAGCAGGAACUUUGCAAAUUCUAAAAAGCAGGCAAAUUGUUUUGUGCAAACAAUUGUACUUAAUCAUUUUCCUCUAUACAUAGAUCAUUUCCUUUACAGUAUUUGUACUAGAAAUAAAAAAAAUUACAGCACUAUCAAAAUGAUAGGAACAUUUAAUGUGUUUUCUACUAAACCAGGGGUGUCAAAAUGGUGGCCUACUGGCCACGCCCACUGCUGUUUUGGCGAAGGGGAAAAAAUUCACGAUACAUCACAUGACAACGUGACGCCACACACCCCUAAACUGUCCCGCUCUAAACUGUCAAAAGCCCAAGCAGCUGAUUUUAGAUUUUGCAUAUGCUAUUCUAAAAUUGUGAGGUCACAAAGUCAGCGAGGUCAUAUUGGCACUUUCAUUCUUCAGGUUUACAAUGCUGGUUGUGAAAAGAUAAGCACAGUUCAUAUUCUGGGAAGCAUGACUACGGAUUCUGUAGAUUUACCUGAAAAGUCGCGACUGAUUGAGAAGCUCUCAUUUGAGGCAUUUAAGUCUGGAUCUGAAAUUGAAGUGUCACGCUAUGUGUUUGGAUACCGGAGGAGAGAUCAUGACCUGUAUAAGUUUGUGGAAAAUGUGUUCUAUCAUCCUCUAUUCAAGUCUGUUAUGAUCAGCAGCAUUAUGCUCAAUGCGAUAUUCUUGUCUUUAGAAACUGAUUAUAAAGUUCGUUAUGAGUCACACAUGUUCCUGCAGGUAGCAGAUUUGAUCAUUUUAGCCAUCUACACCACAGAAUUUCUAAUGAAUCUUUACUUGGACCCGGUUAAUUAUUGGAAGGAUGGUUAUAAGCGUUUUGAUGCUUCUGUCCUUUUCCUUGCUUACCUCCCAUACACCAUUGACCAUAGCAACCCAGAAAGGCACCAUGUUUUAACCAUGCUGAAAGGAUUCCAAGCUCUCCGAGUCCUCAAGCUGCUCUACUAUAGUCCAGGGAUAACCAAUCUAAUGGAAGCUAUGGGCCAGACUGUGAAAAAUGUAAUCUAUGUCCUUGUCUUGUUGUUCUUGCUAAUAUUUAUCUUUGCUAUUCUGGGACACGGUUUGUAUGGAGACCCGCAACAGGGAGAUCCACAGAACUGGGGAAGUUUAGCAGAUGCCUUUUUUACACUCUUCAGCUUAGUAACGGUUGAUGGAUGGACAGACUUGCAGGAUGAAUUGGAUAAUAAAAAGUUUGUUACAAGCCGAACAUUCACAAUAGUAUUCAUUCUCCUAGGAUUUUUUGUAUUUUUCAAUAUGUUUAUUGGAGUUGUCAUUAUGGAUAUCCAAAACUCAACUGAGCAAUAUGAGCAAAAACUGCAAGAAGAAAGGCAGGUUACUUUGAUUGCAAAGAAGCAGGCCAUCUUAAAAAGGCAACAGGAAGAAAUAUUUGAAUUGUUCAAUCUGCAGAAAUCAACCGAGUACAAAACUUUUGAUGAAAUGGUGGAAAGCUUUAAAAAGAGCCUGCUUCAUUCAGAUCCUAUGAUCUUGGAAGACUUCUGUGCCAGCCUGCCAUUCAUUGACCUCUAUUUGGCAUCCCUUGAUCGUCAGGAUGCCACUGUGUACAAGCUGCAAGAUCUCUACUACGAAAUGGUUGCCAUUUUGACUACCCUGCUAUACCAUUCCCAGGAAAAGUGUUUGCACUCUCUGCAGUGCUUUAGGGGAAGAUCUAAGUAGUCCAUUGUCACCAAAAUAAUGUAGGAAAUU